GCCCCCGUGCGCGAAGAAGGAGAGAGACAGAAAGGGAUCCUUUAAAAAUGACCUGGAGAAGCCGGGGGCGAAUGAGUCAGCCUGAGGGGCCGGGCUGUGCGCACGCGUGAGCCUAGACCGCAGGGGCAGGGUUUCCAUACGUCCAGAUAUAGAGAUAUGAAAUUGUAAAGAGUGGAGCUCGAAGGCAGCAAGGGGAGAAGAAGAAGGAGGAGGAGAGGCUUCCUCGACGGGCAUGUCUCCCGUCAGUGAAGAGCUGGGAGCCGGGGACGCCUCCUCCCCCUCAGCCGCCGCCACAAUUGCGCCUUUACCGGCUCUUCUCGAGGAAGAAGGCAAGCCGGAGAAUGGGGAAUGGCACCCGCCCGCCAACGGAAUAGGAGCUGCCUUGGAGGGUGCUGCUCCCGAGGAGAAGAAACUGGAGGAGAAGGAGGAAGAGGAGGAGAAGGAGGAGAAGAAGGGGGAGCUCUUGCCGCCGCCUCUUCCUCCUCCUAUUCUUUCUCCCCCGGCUCCAGCCCAAGAGGACCCCGAGGCUUUCGAGCCCCCCGAGGGAGGCUGGGGCUGGGUGGUCAUGCUGGCCUCCAUGUGGUGCAACGGGACCGUCUUCGGCAUCCAGAACUCCUGCGGGAUCCUCUUCAACUCCAUGCUCAAGGAAUUCGGGGACCCCAACGACAAGGAGCUCCUCUUCAGGGCAGCACUGGUGAAUUCCCUUUCAAUGGGAAUGAUCUUCUUUUGUUCCCCCAUAGUCAGUAUCUUUACCAACAUAUUUGGCUGCCGAAAGGUAGCUGUUGGUGGAGCAACAGUGGCUUUAAUUGGGCUCCUUUCAAGCUCGUUUGCAAGGUCACUUGGGCCUCUUUAUUUCACACAUGGAAUUUUAUUUGGCUGUGGCUGCUCAUUUACGUAUCAGCCAUCCUUGGUGAUCUUGGGACAUUAUUUCAAGAAGCGCCUGGGCCUGGUGAAUGGAAUUGUCACUGCUGGCAGUAGCUUGUUUACAGUAACAUUGCCUUUCCUGUUAAAUGUGCUGACUGACAAAGUUGGCCUUUACAACACUUUCCGGGUCCUGUGCAUUUUUGUAUUUGUUCUUUUCCUGGCUGGCUUUACUUAUAAGCCCCUCAUUCCUACUGCCAAAAAAAGUGGAGAAAAAAACAAGUUCAGUUUUCCACCUGUAAAAACAAUUUUCCAUUUUUCCAUUUUCAAAAUAACAAGUUAUCGAAUCUGGGCUUUUGGAAUUCCAACUGCCUUAUUUGGAUAUUUCAUACCUUAUGUUCAUUUAUUGAAUCACGUGGAAGAGCGCAUCGGUAAAGAUGUUCCAGAUGUAACACUUUUGCUUUGCCUUGGUAUUACUUCAGGAGUUGGACGAUUGAUCUUUGGCAGAAUAGCAGAUUAUAUUCCUGGUGCAAAGAAGGUUUAUCUACAGGUUAUUUCAUUUUUCUUCAUUGGCCUGAUGUCUAUGAUGAUUCCCUUAUGCUAUACCUUUGGAGGCCUCAUUGCUGUCUGCCUCUUCAUGGGUCUUUUUGAUGGUUGCUUCAUUAGCAUCAUGGCACCCAUUGCCUUUGAGCUCGUUGGUGCACAGUAUGUUUCUCAGGCAAUUGGAUUCCUCUUGGGCUUUAUGUCUAUACCAAUGACAGUUGGCCCACCUAUUGCAGGAAAACUACGUGAUCAUCUAGGUACUUAUGAUGUGGCCUUCUACCUAGCAGGAGUUCCCCCUAUUGUUGGAGGAAUUGUGUUGUGUUUCAUCCCAUGGGUGCAUGGAAAGGAAAAAUCCAAAGAACAAGCAAGUCCUGUGGAUGGGGAAACUACAGAGAAAAUGCUUGAAAUCAAAAGUACCUCAGGAUUGGACUCAUCUGUGAAACCUGGCAAAGAAUCAGAGUCCGUUAUUUAAUGAUUGAUUUUUUUUCUACCAGAUUGAAUUUAUUUUUAUAAAAACUAGGUUAGGGUUCUGUUUUUGAACUGAAUGUACCACAUGAUUGUUCUUCAAAAGCAAAGCCACCACAAGAACUAUCAGAGUUGUGAUGCAGAUUAAAACAAAAUUGCUUGCAUCAAAGAACGCUUUUAAUUUUUGUUUGGAUACAGUUUCCAGUUGCAUUUACACAUAAAAUAUGGCUUUAUACAGCAUAUGUACUGGUGAGUGUGUAUGUUAAGCAGAACUCAAAAACGUCAAAAAAACCCCACAGACAUAUGUUAAUGCAUUUCUGGAACUGAAGAAUUGUGCCUCUUACUAAUUGAUCUUUUCAGAAUGCCUUCAGUAAUUUUAAAAUCCGUCCAAUGGAAUUAUCCUUCUGGAAAUUUUCUUGCAUUAGAACAUUUUAAAGUUGAUACUUUAAAGGUUUUGUGAAGUCUCACUGGAUUCAUUGCAUUUUAGAUUCUCUAAAACCAAAUCCUAUGCAGAGUUAGACAUACUAAAGUCUAUUGAUUUCAGUGGGAUCAAGAAUGUGUAUUGCUGUACAGAGUUACAGUUUCAAUGUCUGCAACAAAUUGUUGCUGGAGGAUGAAUCUAUGAAAUAUAAUUUUUAAUCAGUACUUCCCAUUUUGCAUGUUUGUCAAUCUUUGAAUGCUUAAUUUUCCAGUGAGUCCCUUAUUGCAUUCUGCAGUAGGGUUUUUAUUGUCUUGCAUUGAGGUAGUUUUGUGUUGAUUCAUAAUUUAUAUAAUUAAAUGAAGUGUUCUCAUAACACCAAGUAAGUUCUGAAAGUGUGGAGAGGCAUAAAUGAAAGAAACCCCCAUUUUCUUAUGUCAUCAUUAGUGCCUAGGGAUUAUAAUCCAAGUACAGUAAUGAAAUUUUUUCCAGUGACAGAUUUGGCCCAAAGUGCAGUAAAUUUUAUGGUGAUUUCUUUCAUCUUUUAAAAUUUUCAAAUCAGAAGGCAUACAUAGAGUAGGACUAAAACUAUUCUUGUUUCAGACCUGUCAUGCCUGAUCCUCUUCUUGCAUUAACACAGAUACCAGGCUCAGUGAACCCUCAAGGCUAUUUUUGUGGAUCCCAGGACCACGCAAAUUAUUUUGGGGAAAAAAAUCAAUCCAUGUACCUCACAAUGAUCUCUAGCUAGUAUAGGACAGUUCUGCCACAUUUUGUCUACUGGUUCAGAUCUAGGCUAGUCCAUUUUUCAAUAGGAAAUUAUCCACAAAACCCGUGGGUAUUCACCCCCCUAAUUUUUUUUAAAGAGUAACAGAAGAUUGGGUCGCAGUCAUCCAUGAUGUCCUAGUACAGUGGUUCUCAGCUGUGGGUCCCCAGAUGUUUUGGCUUUCAACUCCCAGAAAUCCUAAUAGCUGAUAAACUGACUGGGAUUGCUGGGAGUUGUAGGCCAAAACACCUGGGGACCCACAGGUUGAGAACCACUGUAUUAAUGGUAUGUGCCAGCAUAAUCUUGGCAUGUGUCUUUUAAAAAAUCAUUUUGAAGGAAGAAAUGAGACACUUGCCUUAAACAGUAACUCCACAACUUCCUCAAGCAGGCGCUGCAAAGAGAGCCAAUGACGUGUCAUGGUUGCAAUAUUACAUUAGGACACUGAGAAACUCCCAGAAAUCCUAACAGCUGGUAAACUGGCUGGGAUUGCUGGGAGUUGUAGGUCAAAACACCUGGGGACCCACAGAUAACCACUGUCCUAGUGGCUACUGUGGCUUUUUACUAACAAAUAAUUGACCACCACUGCUAUUCUAUAUGAAGAGACAAGACUCUCUUCUUAAGUGCAUAACAUGAGAUCUGAGGAAGAGAAAUGGAAUCAGGAUAGAAGCUGAGACAACAUGGCAAUAUAAUAUUUCACUUAUGAUUCAAACUACAAGUGGCACCAUGCUGAUUUUUCUGGACUCCUUCUCUCGUGGUGCUGUGUCCUUCCAUUCCUUGCUAUUGUCUUCUAUUUAGGCUACUCUUUCUAUAUCUACACACCCUAGUGCUUGUAGAGAAGAAAUGGCAGUUGUUGAUUCUGGAAAAACAUUUGAGCUCUAGUUUAGUUUGAAUUGUCUAAAACUAUUUGCCAAACUAAAAUCUUUCUCUUUCUACCACUUGAAUACUCAGUUUAUUCUAUAUACAUUUGCUUGGGAAAAGGCUAUCCUGAGUGCUUGGCAAGAACUCCUAAGUACAUGCCAUGCUGGUAAAAGUCUCAAUUUUGAUGGAUGGUAGAUGGGAGAAUUUGCUUCCCUUUGACCAUGACUUCCUAGCACUCUGAUAGCUGUAGUGCUGGUCUGACUGGAGAAUUCAGGAGGUAGAAUAUCUUGUCCUAAUGGCACAAGAAACACCAAUCUCUCUUUCAGAAGUGUUUUAUUGAGGCAACGGAGGGUUAACCAUAUUGUCAUUUUUACGUGCCUUCAAGUUCUUUCUGACUUAUUGCAACCUUAAGGUUAACCUAUAGGAGUAAAAGAAAUGGGGCAGAGAAACUUGUAACAGCUGUUUUCACUUUAUUUACUAGAGAAAAAAACUAUUGGAAAAGAAGCCUACUGCAGCAUAGUCUUUGGAGUGAGUAGCAGCCACAAAUGACUUCCUCUUUUUUCCUCUUGUUCUUUUUAAUAUUCUGAAUAUGUUUUGGGGUUGAUUUAUUUUAGAACUUUCAGCUUUCAGCUAUUGACUGCUCAGGCACAAAAUCCUAAAGUUCGAAGAGCUCCCAAGGCAGCUGUCAGGGCAGAAGUCUAAAUUACAGCAUUUCUUUGAAGAAACUAUUUGGCCUGUGCACUUCCUUGGAACAUGAGGCAUGCUCCAAGGAAGUCCUUUUUGAGUGAUUGCGUUAUACAUUAUAUAGGCAAAAGACUGUAACUUUUAAAAUCGUGCUAAUUGUUAUUUCUGAACUUCAGUGGACUUUGAAUUUAUUAACAUCAGGUGAUACACCAGGUUUAUGUGAAAACACAAUGGCUGAACUACUGUUGGAGCACUACCUUGAGUAAAAACAAUCAUGAGAGUGGUUCUGGUUUCUCAGAGGUUGCAUUAGUGUGGUCUCUCGGAGAGCCAAUCACUCCACAGGCAUGCAGAGUGUCUUCUCCCUCCUGUUUGACUUGGUGGGUAGGUAGCUAUUUUAGCAUUGCCAAUGGGGCAACUCAAAUCCUUGGCACCUACUCCACAACUGGUAUGCCACCACAAAGGUGGCAUAUAUUCAUGCUGUGCUAAAAAAAGAUACAAAUUUGACUUAUGUAAAUUUCAAAAAUUGCAAGCAUAACUACAAAUGCAGAAUUGUGUGGAAGAAAUUCAGUGGUUGUAAAUUAAAUGUGAACUUAACAUUAUGCUACUCUUGGAAUCUUGCCCUCAACUUUUGGAAACUCUACUUGCUGAAAAGGGCAAGUAAUUUUAAGAAUUACUGAUUGCCUCAAAGGUAACAUUCUCAAAGGUGUUGAUGUUUUACCUCUUGGAAACACCCAAGUUUUCUGUAUAAUAGGUUUUGGUAUAUUCUAAGUUCAUCCAAUAGGGAAAAAUGUCAUGUUUUGGAAUGAACAUACCACCACUAUUUUCUAGCAUUAGGAACUCAUGGUGGGGAUUUUUGGUGUGCUACAUAAUCACUAUAGUUGUGUAAUGUCUCCCAGCCCAACCUCCCCAAUCCUGACAUAUUGGGCAGCAGGCGCUGCGAUCCACAGUGUUCUGGUCUCAGGAUUCGGCUGAAUGACAAUCCCCUCCAUUCCCCUCCUACGAGGAAUCUCCAUUGCAACAGGCAAAACAGGGUUCCUGUCACAAUCCUGCCCUUGCACCAAAGCUGCUUCCUGAUUGACAAGCAAAACAGACCCCUGUCAAUUGGCCAUAAACAAGGAUUGGGGGACUUUCACAGUCUCUACAUAUGCUUUACAGCAGUGAAUUGUAUUGUUCUUUAACCCUUGAUGUAAACCGCUCCAAAUCCCUUUGGGAUGAUAUGGCGGGGUACAAAUAAAUUUACUAUUAUUAUUAAUUAUAUGUAGGGACCAUGAAGAUCAUAACUAACUUGUAUUCACAAUCUCUACAUAUCCUCUGCUUGAAAGAAUAUGUAGUUGUUGUGAAAGACUCCCAAUCUCCAUUUAGGAGUGACUGCUUAUAAUAAAUAAUUGCCUUAGUGAAUUCCAGCCAAUAUUUUAAUAAAUUCUCUGUGCAAUCCAUCACAGGGGUGUAUGUCCUGUUGACUUAAAAGUGUCAGUUUUGUUUCUCAUUGUCUUAUGCUUAUAUUCAUUUUAAGUGCUGGUGCUAAAGUUCACUUUCAUGUAUCAACUUUGAAUACAAAUGUAUACUGUGACAUAAAAAGAAUGUAAAUAUAUUACACUUGGUCCACCUUAAUAAGUAAUAACUCUUUCAGAAAUCGAAGCGAUACAAUGUAGAAGCAAAAAUGUACUUUCUGCAUAGUUAGAUGCAAGGGAGUUUGUUGCUUGUUUAUGAGCUGGAAUAUGACUAAUCUCAAAGAUUAGUAAGUACGUCAUUUCACAUUUUGCCUUAUCACUGGAAUGUAAUCUGUUGCACAUAAUGAUCUGCAAAGGGCGAAGUAAUAAUUCUUAGAUGAAUAACCUUCACUCCUCAUAUGUUCCUGGACCCAUCUUCCCUAGUGAUGUUGUAAACUGUUUUCAUUGUAACUUUAUUUCUAUUUGUAUACCCGUCUGAAAUGUAAUAAUUUAAAUGUAAUCAUUCACCUUUUUCAAAAGUGAAAAAUGUUCACGUAUGCCAUUUCAUCAAACUGUAAAAAAUAUAAAAGAUAUAUUCUACCUG